AUGGCCAUGUUCAAGAGCUACCCUGGAAACAUCCAGGAGAUGCACACAACAACCAAAAUUCAGUCAAAAAUCAAAUGUAUGGAUUCACUUAGCUACCUAAAAUCCAAUGCAAUGGCCGUCACGCCCACCUCUUCCCUUUUCUCCCAACUUCCUAAAAAGAACAAUUCUUCUUCUUCUUCUUCUUCUUCUUCUUCUUCUCAUCAUGUGGGGUUGUAA